AUGAAAAUAAAUGAUAUAAAAAUGAAUUUCUAUAACCAAACUCUGGACCCACAGCUCGACAUUGUGCCAGAGAGCUUGCUAAAUUUGUCUGGGACAGAUACAGAAUGGGAUGAAUCAACAGUAUUAGGAAUAAAGAUCACACUUGCACUGCUUUUAUCAUUAUUAACACUAGCAACCCUUCUUUCAAAUGUUUUUGUAAUUAUUACUAUAUUUAUGACUCGAAAGCUUCACACCCCAGCAAAUUAUUUGAUUGGUUCAUUGGCAUUUACAGAUUUAUUGGUGUCUAUUUUAGUAAUGCCUGUCAGUAUUGUCUACACUGUAAACCACUCAUGGUCAUUUGGUCAGAUAAUAUGUGACAUCUGGCUGUUAUCGGAUAUCACCUGCUGUACAGCUUCCAUACUCCAUCUCUGUGUUAUCGCAUUAGACAGAUACUGGGCCAUCACAGAUGCACUUGAAUAUUCUAAACAUCGCACAGCAGGAAGAGCAGCCGCAAUGAUUUCAGUGGUGUGGGUAAUAGCUAUAUGUAUCUCCAUCCCACCACUCUUUUGGAGACAAGCCAAAGCUCAAGAAGAACUUAUGGACUGUUCCAUCAACACAGAUCAGAUUUCUUAUACUAUAUACUCUACCUGUGGUGCAUUCUACAUACCUACAGUAUUGUUGAUUAUAUUAUAUGGAAGAAUAUACAUAGCAGCAAGGACACGAAUUCUUAAACCACCAUCCAUUUAUGGAAAGAGAUUUACUACUGCUCAGUUAAUCACUGGUUCAACUGGGUCGUCUUUCUGUUCAGUUAAUGUAAACUCUCAUGGAGGUCAUCCACUCACUGGAGUAUCUCCAGUGUGUAUCAACCAUAUCAAGAUAAAACUUACAGACAGUGUUCUGGAAAGGAAGAGAUUGUCCGUAGCCAGAGAAAGAAAAGCUACAAAAACUCUUGGAAUAAUUCUCGGGGCUUUCAUUGUAUGCUGGUUGCCUUUCUUUGUGGUGUCUCUGGUCUUACCUAUAUGUAGAGAUGCUUGCUGGUUUCAUCCAUUAUUAUUUGACUUGUUUACUUGGCUGGGAUAUUUUAACUCUCUUAUCAACCCUGUAAUAUACACAGCCUUCAACGAAGAUUUUAAACAAGCUUUUCAAAAACUUAUAAGGCUUAAGAAGCUUUCUUAG